AUGGCCAGCUGCCUGUCAGACCUGCACAUUAAGAGGUUUAUCAACAAAACCUGGCUGGAGCGAUAUGGCUCUCCCCUCCAUCAGGAGACCAUCACAUUGCUGUGGUCCCUCAUUGUGUCUAUCUACUGUGUAGGGGGACUACUGGGGUGUCUGUGUAGUGGAUACCUGUUUGUGAAAUACGGAAAGGUGCAGGGCCCCCAGCAGUAUAAAAUCCAUGGAGUCCAUUUGUUCAAAGUGACAGAGGAGAUAUUUGUGGGAAAACCUGAUUCACAUCUGUAUUUCAUUUGCUGCUACAGAAAGAAAUGUCUGUUGUGCAACAAUAUGCUCAUAAUGGUAACUGCCUUGCACAUGGGCUUCAGUAAGACCGCCAAGUCUUUUGAGAUGAUUCUGAUUGGACGCUUCCUCUGUGGCAUCAGUGCAGGUCUAUGUAUGAAUGCACAUGGUCAAUACCUAGGAGAAAUUUCACCGAAGAAGUUGCGUGGAUUUGCAAACACCAGUGCUCUUGUGUUUUUGACACUAGGAAAAGUUUUAGGACAAAUUAUGGGAUUAAGGGAGUUUUUAGGAACUGAAUCCUUGUGGCCUUUGCUGUUAGCCGUAUGUGGAAUUGCAGCAUUUGUCCAGCUGGUCUCUUUGCCAUUCUUCCCUGAGUCCCCACCCUACCUUUUGAUACAAAAGGAAGACACUGAAGGUUGUUUGAAAGCCAUGAAGCAGCUCUGGGGUGAAGGGGAUCAUCAAGCAGAGUUUGAGGACAUGAUGAAGGAGAAGGCAGCAAUGAAAAGCAUCAAAACCAUGACUGUCCUGGAAGUGAUGAAAGAACCAGUCUUGCGUUGGCAGUUGUGUAUAAUGAUUCUCCUUAUGAUGAGUAUACAGCUUUGUGGCUUGAAUGCAAUCUACUUUUAUACCUUUGAAGUGUUCCGUACAGCCAGGUUGGAUGAAGACCUUAUUCCAUAUAUAGCAUUAGGAGUUGGGAUCUGUGAAUUCUUCUCGAACAUCCUGUGUAGCUCCAUCAUUGACCGGUUUGGCAGGCGGAUGCUGUUAUGGGGUGGUUAUGGGUUGAUGGCAGGGAUGCUGGUAUUCCUAGUAACAGCUCUCUCACUGCAGAAUCAGUUCUCCUGGAUGGCCUACUGCAGUGUUAUUCUCAUAUUCUUGUUCACUAUCUCCUAUGGAAUUGGACCAUCUGGGGCAGUCAUGUCUGUCAUGAUGGAAAUCUUCAACCAGUCAGCCCGAUCAUCUGCCUUUGUGAUUGCUGGGACCAUUGGCUGGAUGGGCCUCAUUGUAAUUGGGAUGAUAUUCCCCUUCAUUGUGGAGGCCCUCGGUCCCUUCUGCUUCCUCAUCUUUGCGGGCGUUCUUGUCAUCUCAGGGAUUUUUUUCUACCUGUUCCUUCCAGAGACAAAGGGAAAGUCAAUCAUGGAAAUCACAGAGGAGUUCAGUACAAUACAUUUUGGGAAGAAACUUCUACUGACUGCGGGGAAGAAUUCCCCUGUGGAACACACCUUCUGCACCAAGUUCUGACUGGCCAGCAGAGUCAGAUUUCAUUGACAAAAUGCACUGUCAAGAUCAAAUUGGA